AUGGAUUUGCAGGAGUCUGCCCGUCUCGCUCAAGCAGACCUCGACGCUACCCCAGAGCACCACCCCGAUCAUGCAUCUAGGUUGAAUGACCUCGCAAACAUUCUCUCAGCCCGCUAUCAUCAAUUUGGGAAUGUGGGCGAUUUACAUGAAGCAGUCCGGCUGGGACAAAGAGCCGUUGACGCUACCCUUGAUGAUGACCCCAACCUUGCACACUGGUUGAACGAACUCGCGGUGCACCUGAUAACUCGAUAUCUUCGAACCGGGAAUCUGGGUGAUUUACAGGAGGCAGUAGGCCAUAUCCGGAAAUCAGUCGAUGCUACCCCAAGUACACAUGCCGAUCGAGCGUUACGGUUAAACAAUCUCGCAAAUGCUCUUUCAACUCGGUAUGAUCGAACCGAAGACAUGGGAGACCUACAGGAGGCAAUUCAUCUCGCACAGUCAGCUAUCGCCAUCACCUCGGAAGAUGACCCUGAUCUAGCACACUGGUUAAAUGAACUAGCGAUGUAUCUGAAAGCCCGAUACCUUCGGACUGGAAACUUGGAUGAUUUGCAGGAGGCCAUUCGCAUUAUUCAAAAAUCUGUCGACAUCACCCCACAAGGCCACCCCAGUCUACCAAAUCGGCUACGAAAUCUGGCAAGCAGCCUCUCCACCCGACAUGGUCGUACUCGGAACGUGGAAGACUUAGAGGAAGCAAUCCGGCUGGCCAAAUUGGCUGUUGUUACUACCCCGGAGGAUGAUCCCGACCUACCGUCCCAGUUGAGCAAUCUAGCAAACCAUCUCUCAAUUCGAUAUGAUCGAUCUGGAGAUCUGAAUGAUCUAAAUGAGGCUAUCCGACUGUCCGAAAGAGCCAUCGACGCUACCCCAGAAGAACACCCCGACCUAGCAACCCGGUUGGACAAUUUAGCAACCCAUCUCUCGGCCCGAUACGAUCAAACUGGAAGGGUGAAGGACUUACAAAAGGCAAUUCGGUUGGCCAAAUCUGCCGUCAAAGCUACCCCAAAGGACCACCCUGAGCUCGCAGACCGGCUGGGUAGUUUGGCGAACCAUCUUUCAACCCGAUACGAUCGAUUUGGAAAAUCGAAUGAUUUAGAGGAGACCCUCCGCCUAGCCCAGAGAUCAGUCGAUCUCACCCCGGAAGACCACCCUGAUCUAGCAUCCCGAUUGAACAAUCUAGGAAUUCAUUUCUCAGACCGAUAUGAUCGGACUGGAGAUUUGAAUGAUCUACAGCAGGCACUUCGUUUGGCUCAAAGAGCCGUCUACGCUACUCCAGACGGCUACCCCAGUAAAGCAAUUCGAUCACUUAAUCUAGCGAGCAAUCUUUCGACCCGCUAUGACCGGACUGGAAACCUGCAUGAUUUAGAAGAGGCAGUCCGCCUAGCACAAAAGGCCGUCGACGAAACUCCAGAGGAUCAAUUUGACCGAGCACACUGGCUGAAUAGUCUGUCGAUCUUUCUCUCCACCCGAUAUCAUCGGGCAGGACACUUUGAUGAUCUCCAGGAGGCAGUGCGGCUCGCUAAUAUAGCCGUGGGCGCUACCCCAGGCGACCACCCCGAUCUACCAAACCGGUUGAUCAAUCUGGCUAGCAAUCUCUCAGCCCGAUAUGAUCGACCUGAAGCCUCGGACCUGAAUGAUUUACAGCAGGCGAUCCAGCUAACCCAAAGAGCCGUUGACAUUACACCAGAAGACCAUCCUGACUUGGCACAUUGGUUAAAUAAUCUAGCCAUUUAUCUUUCAAAACGAUACAUUCGAACGGAACUCCUGGUUGAUUUAGAGGAAGCAAUCCGAGUCGCUCGAAAAGCCGUCGACAACACCCCAGAAGAUCAUCCCGAUCGCGCACCCUGGUCGAAUAAUCUUGCUAUCUGCCUUUCGAUCCGAUACCAACGUAUGCAUCGGCAUAUGGACAAAACCGCGGCUUUGAAGUACUUCGCACAAGCCCUCGAUUCCUACAAUGCAACACCACGGCAUCGCAUCGAAGCUGCACGUCGAGCGAUCAAUCUUCUUGUUCCGGAUGGCGAUUUUGAUCAAGCUCAGGAGCUAGCGGGGAAAGCAUUAAAUCUUCUGCCUCUCGUAUGCAGCCGGUACCUCUCCCGAGAAGACCAACAGUAUGCAAUUCAGCAAACGUCCGGCCUAGCCGCCGAAGCAUCUUCUCUUCUCCUUCGAACAGACAAUGAUCCAGCUCGAGCUUUGGAGUACCUGGAGCAUGGCCGAGGCCUCAUUAUUGGAUACCUCAUUGACAAUAAGGGCGAUAUCUCAGACCUGUCCGCUCAGCAUCCCCGCGAAGCAGAGGCGUUUGAUCAGCUUCGCCACAAGGCCUUUAAGCCUGUUCGGCAAGAAGACCCGCUUGAGACUCGCCGACAGCUGUUACAAGAGCGUGAAGAGGCCAUAACAGAUUUAGAAACCUGCCUAGCGGAUAUUCGAAGACUAGCGGGAUUCGAUCGAUUCCUGCUCCCCCCUUUUUCUAAGGCCUUACAGGUCCACGCCGCCGAUGGUCCGAUUGUGUUCGUGAAUGUCACAUCGAUCGGUAGUGAUGCCUUGAUUGUUCUUCCCUCUGGAAUCAGACAUAUUCCAUUGCCCCAUUUUGAUGUAUCGAAGGUCAACCAAUACCGGUCCUGGGGGCUGACUCGUGGCCCGUCAAGAUUGAUCGAGCUGAGAGAGACGCAAGGGCCGAACACCGAGCUUCAACAGCUUUUACACAUUUUGUGGUCGGACUGUGUUCGCUUGGUGCUCGAGGAGCUCGGAUUUCUCUGUCCUGCAUCCGAUAGUGCACUUCCUCGCAUAUGGUGGAUCGGCACGGGUCUUGCUGCCGCCCUUCCCUUCCAUGCGGCCGGUGAUCAUUCGCCAGGCUCACUUGAGAAUACCUUCAGUUGCGUUAUUUCUUCAUACACACCAUCAAUAAAAAUGCUACAAUUCGCAAGGGAAAGGUCACGCGUCAUACUUGGUGCACAGUCGGUGUUGCUGGUCACAAUGACGAGAACUCCCGGUCAAGAUGAUCUCCCUGGAGUAAUGGCGGAGGCCCAAGCAAUCCAGGAAGCAGUCACUAUACCGCAUCAAAUGAAAUUAUUGAUUCAGCCUAGUGCAGAGGAAGUUCUUCGGGGACUCCAAGAUUGCAGUAUCGCACAUUUCGCGUGCCACGGAUCGUCAGACAUGGAUGAUCCCUCGAACAGUUUUCUGGCUCUUCAAGGGCAGUCUGACGAGGCCGCCGAUCCUCUAACAGUCCGGAAAAUUUCGGAGUCCCAUAUGAGGCAAGCUUGGCUUGCAUACCUUUCUGCCUGCUCCACUGCGGAGAACAAAAUAUCUGAAUUGGCAGAUGAGGCCCUCCAUCUUGCGAGCAGUUUUCAGGUCGCGGGUUUUGCACACACAGUCGGGUCAAUGUGGUCAUCUAAUGACGAUAUCUGUGUGCAAGUAGCUGCCAUUUUUUAUCGUGAACUAAUUACCAACAGUGGGUUGGCAGGGGGUAACAGGGCUGUCGCAAUAGCGUUGCACACGGCGGUGAUGAAUGUACGUGAAGGAAAUUGGGAAAGGCCAUAUCUUUGGUCCCAGUACAUUCACUUUGGUGCCUGA